AGGUUCAUUGGGACUGCAGGAGCUUUAGUGGGUAAGGUUAAAGGGUUCUGUGAAGGAUGAAUAUGCAACCGGCUGUCCAUUCCAGAUCAUCUGCCAAUGGAUUUGGUCGUCGUAGAGGCGAAAGAGAUGUGGGGACCAGGCUGGAGAACAGGUCACAGAGUGGGAAGUCAAAUCCAAUAACAGAUUAACAUCUACUGGUGAAAUUCGCUUACAAUUUCUGUUGUUUCUUGUUAGGAUUUAUUUUCCAUUGUUAAAGAGUCUAAAUUCUAUGACAGGGAGCAAAACUGGUGGCCAUGGGAGUCCUUGGCAUGAUCUCUUAGUAUAUAUAACUACUUGUUUUGUUGGUCAGCAUGUGGAUGUCCAUGUGAAAAAUGGAUCCAUAUAUUCUGGAAUAUUUCAUGCAGCAAACGAAAAAGAUUUUGGAAUUAUAUUGAAGAUGGCUCGCUUGACAAAAGAUGGUAGCUCUCGAGGAAAAAAGUCUCCCGCAGAGUCAGUUAACAAGCCUCCCGCAAAGACAUUGAUUAUACCUUCUAAAGAACUUGUGCAAGUUAUAGCAAAGGAUGUUUCUGUUACAAGUGAGGGGUUUUUAGAUGAGGCUCGGUGUGAAAAACAGCAAGAACAAAUUUGGAGCUUAGAAAUGUAUGGAUUCUCUGAUUUUGCACCACGCAAUAGUGCAUGUGAAGGUGGUUCAUAUGAUUGUGUUUAUGUCCCUGAGAAACCUGUAAUUAUUUCAAUAUAUUGUCAACAUUCUUGA